CAAUCUAGGUCCUCUCAUCCCGCACUCUUUCCCUCAUUUACCAUUUCUUAUCUAAAUGUCAUCGACCAACAAAUAUCCCUCCCACUCUAACAUUAUCCGUAUUCAACCUAUAUUCCAUUGAAAAUGUGAUGAUAUUCUGAAAUUAAUUAUCAAAAGUCUAGAAGACCAACUGGUUAUUCAUUAAAUUCAACGAUGUUGAAGAAGCCGUUUCUAUUGCUUGCCUCUGUUUGUGUUGUAGUAGGUAACAAAGGAUACCUACUUUCUGAUUGCCAACUAUCAUUGCACCACGGAGUCCAAAAGUGCACAAACACUUCCUCACUACGAUUCUAUAUGGAUGCCGAUACGGAAACAUGUUUGGCAUUCAAAUACUCUGGCUGUGGCGGCAAUUCGAACAAUUUCGAUACGUGGGGAAAGUGUAUGCGCUGUUUUGCAGCGGACUACUCGGGAUGUCCAGUUGGUUCAGCGUUGGUUAAGAACACUGACAGGAACACUACAACCUGCGAAGUCAGAGGUGAUGAAAAAUGUACUGGACCCAAUUCCUACUGCAGGCGAGGAGCAUUUUUCGGAUUUUGCUGUGAUAAGACUAUCAGAGAUAAGGAGAACAGCGAUCAAAAUAUGAAAGAAGGAUGUGGUCCCGGAAUGAAAAAGGUUUCCCAAAAAACCUUGAGCGGAUUUGAUAUCACUCUGCUUGGGAAAACAUGUGGAUCCAAAUUCUGCCCCCAGAAAUCUACCUGCCAUCAAGGAAACUACUUUGCCUACUGUUGUGCAGCAGCAGUUUGAAUAAACCUUUUCAAUCUACAGUUUUCAUAAAACCUACAUAAGCUUUACCAAAUAAUUCCAUAAACUCUUUUUCACUUUU